CUAACAAGCACAUGUCAACAUGAUCCUGGCAGAGGCACGUGCCCUCAGAACAUCUGAAGGUUGUCCCUUUCUUUGUCGUGGAUAUGCAGCAUUCCAAACAAAGCUGCAUGCUUUCCUUGUUAUGGAGCGCGUGAGAGGAGGAAACCUGCAGGACCUAAUUGAUAUGGAAGGUCAACUUACCAGGGACAGCAUAAUCUUCUAUUCGUCCGAGGUGAUUGUUGGUCUCCAAUAUCUGCAUUCACGCGGUAUUGUGCACCGGGAUUUGAAGCCGCCAAAUAUUUUGCUUAGCGCCGAGGGACAUGUGAAGAUCGCAGAUUUUGGCACAGUUGCAGAAGGGAUGUUUCCUGGCAUGAAGGCAUAUGGUUUGUUCGGAACCUACGGAAUCCCAACAAGCGUUCUGUUGACUGGACAGCGCUGGAGAAUAUGAAGAUCUCACCCCCUGCCAAGCCAAGAGCAAUACCAGCUGUGGACACCAGUGUAAUUCAGAAAGAGCUACUGUCAUUCCUAGAAGACAUGGAAUUUAUCAGCGCUUCAGGUGGCUUAACAAUGAUUCCAGACCUUGCAUUCCUGAGUCCCAGCUGGAAAAUAUAACCUCUUCCAGUCAUCAGGACCAUGCCCCUGGCCCCUUAACAUUGGUCCCUGGGCCCUUAACAUCGACCCCUGGCCCCUUAACUUUAGUCCCUGCCUCUGGGCCCUUAACAUUAGUCCUUGCCCCUGGGCCCUGAACAUCGGCCCUGGCACCUUAACAUUGGCCCCUGCCACUAGGCCCUUAACAUCGGUCCCUGCCUCUGGGCCCUUAACAUCGACCCCUGCCUCUUAGCAUUUCUCUUGGCAAAACUACU